CGAGCCACGCACACUUCUGCCAGACUCUCAAUGUGGUAGCAGACACAGAGGAGAGAGGUCGCAUUUCAUAGGCACCGUAAGGUGACGUUAUCCUCCGGGGGAAAAACAGUGCACGAAUUUCCUGACAUCAACAACAGAGAAUUUCUAAACCGAUUACUUCGUUGACAACGCAGACAGCCAUGGCCAUACCAUUUAAUCUGCCUACACGUCAGGAAACAGAAGACAAUUACGAGAUUAUGGACCAACUGCUGGAACAGCUUUACGAAAUUGUGCGGCAGAUCAUUCUCCGUCGAAGAAGGAGUCGAGGGGCGGACAAUCGCACUGGGAUACCUGCCCCAGAACCACGAAACAGAGAUACGCAAACAAGAGACGGCGGUGGUGGAGGUGGCAACGAGGCAGGGCGAUCAGAUCCAUCUGUUAAUGGAAACCAGGAGCAGGGCAUUGGCAAUGACGCCAUGCGACGCAUACCUGCACUUCCAGACAUAGUUCCAAUCACCGACAUCAGAGCGGCAGCACCAUCAGAUGCCCCCGUUCCCCCUCCCAGACGAGGCACACCUGAAGGUGGCGUCAGGCCACGUCCUCGCCGUCCGCCACGACGCCCGAGACGCCGCACCAGCAGCUGCUGCUGCAAUGAAAAGAAACAAGGCGUCCCCAACGACGACCGGACGACCGAGAACUGGAAGGAGGUCGGCAAGGACCUGAGGAAGAUUGCCGACGAGUUCUGCACUUCUUCACGCCUUGAGGUGGGUGAGUGGCAUCACCCUGUGUAUCACCACACAAGUACCACAAAACAGGGAGAAGGGACCCAGACAGCCCCACACCUCCAUAACAAAAAGAAAGAAGAGGGUCUUCUGUCUCUUUUGUUGCCUCCACGACUUGGUGGGUCCAUGUGGACAGCUGUGAUCAUCCUUGUGGGUUGGAGAUUUUUGGCCAGCAGUGGCUGGUGAGCAACACACACGGUGGAAGAGAAUGGUCAACGCUGUUUCACAGUAUAGCAAUUCUAUGGUCUUGUUUAUUAUGUUUGAAUCAGUCAUUUUUUUCUGUUUAUCAUAAAUAUGAGUUAUAAUAAUUAAGGUUUCAAUGUUAUAUUAUAAUACGUUAUGUGUGAUUUUUUUGUGGAUUAUAGUGUAGUUUAUUAAUUUGUUUCAUUUCUUUCGUGUUUUUUUUUGUCUUGCUCCAAAGAGAAAUUACCUGAUAAUCAAACGAUGAUCUCAUUAAAGAAUUUCUUUUUGUAAUUUUUUUUUGUAGAGAUUGAUGUACAGGGUGAUUACCACAGGGAAGUUGCGUAAAUGACAUGUGGACAAUAUUGAUUGAAAACACCCUGUACCAGAUGAUUCGCUCAGGAAUAAACAGAGGGUGAUUUUAUUUUGUGUCAUUACAAGUGUGUUAGACAAGUAAGAUUUUCAGAUUUAAUUUUUUAAUAAUAAUAAUAAUAUAACAAUAAUCAUAAUAUUAAUGAUUCUAUAUUAUAUUUUUGUGUUUAUUAUUGGGAAAAUAUUUUUGUCCUUGUGUUUAUAUUUGUUAAGAAAAUUGUGUUUUACACAAUGAAGCAAAGCGAAGGUGUGGACAUGCCUGCGCCACUAUAGAGUUUUCAAAUGAUCUCCAAUAGGUAGAGUAGUUGACCUUGUGUGACCCUGAGAUGUAAGAGGUCACAAAAUACCUUAAACGCUGAUAACAACAUUUUGCGGUUGAACCAGUGACCAUCUCAAUCACACAGAAUUCACCGAGGUUCUUUCUGUAUAUAAACUUUUCCGUGCUGAUAUUAAAAUAUGCCAUAUUGUAAAAAUAUUUUGUGUGCAGAGGGCAGGUCUCAAAGUGAUGUAAGGAACAACAACAAAUAUCAUUACGUCAUUUAUCGGGAGUUUAGGUUUUUGCUCAAGAAGUUUGUUUCAUUUGUUUGACGUAAUAAAAACAAUUGAUAGUUCCUCAGUAAAUUCCUACCAAAAUAAUGUAGGUAUAAAAAAAAACAUGAAUAUACAGAAACAAAGCUUUCCUGGUUUAUAUUACGUCAAUAGUAGUGAUUUUCCCUUUUAGUUUCGAAUGUGUACAGACCGAAACAUUUAUAGUUGACUGUUACAAACACAAAAAUCACUUCAGAGCAAUAAAAAAUACGAAAUUGCUCAAGUAUAGUCUGUUCAGUAUUAUUUCAUCUUGUCAAAAAAGAAUCUCUAGUUGAUUGAUUAUAUUAAAGACCAACUACCAUACAAUUUUUAAGUGAUAAACAAAAAAAUAAUAAUUCGCCAUUUGUCAGUUGUUUAGAAUUUCAGACAUCACUCGUAGAUCUUCUUCUCGCUGCUAAUAUUUACUUUGAUUAGAUGCUUUUUGAUUUAUGAAUUCCUUGUUCCUUGUGUUCAAAGUUAACGUGACGUAAUGCAUUACAAUACGAAUGAAGGCCUAAAAAAAUAAUAAAAAAAAAAGUUCAUACGCCAAUAAAAUCAGAACCCAAAUACUGCCAAGAUGAUAAAAUUACACCAUUUUUGCAUGUAAAUAAGCUUUUUUAAGAAUAAGGUUAUAUAUAUAUAAUAUAAAUAUAAGAACAUAUAUUUUAAGAAGAUUAAAUCAUAUAAAAGCAAUGUAUGUAUCAAAGCCAAUUACUGUGACAGGAUAAUGUAGGUCCCGUGGCUAAUUUAGUACGUCGACACAUCAUGCGAAUUCUGGUAACAGAUUCAGGAGUUAUAUACAAAUUCCAGGAAAAUGAGGUUUUUUUGGGGGGGGGGGAGGGGCUUCGAGCUCAAAAUAAUUAAUUCACCUUCGAAUACAACGCGCAAUGGAGUGUUGAAAAAUUACACAGACAAGGAGUAAUUCCACACAUCAACUCAGACUUCACGUUCUGUCUUCUGGGAUGUCACGUCACGUGGUCUUGCAGAAAUUAAGCCCUGCUUAAAAGGUCAGUCGUGUCCAAGGACAGGGUUUUUUUCAACAGUCCCUUCAGACUACGCGCAUGCGAAUAACCAGGUUCCACUAUCUUAACCUGUUUUUUAUUUAGCUGACAGCUUACUCGUCUCUCUGAAGAAGCAGGCAGUAAGCAGCUUCGAAACGCCGGCCAAUUUCUGCCAGAAUACACGGCGGAACGUCAGAAGACAGUCGUAUAGAUGCGAUGUGUUUCCUUUGACUCGAAGGCCGCGUUUUGAUUAUUACAAAAAUUUAGACGAGUAUCCGGAAAGAAUGAGCCCGGACUCACGGGUGGUAAUCGUGAAAUUUGAGCAGUUCAUUCAUUCGGACAGCGCUGGUAUGUUGUCAGGACCAAUGUUGCCACGGAACCUCCGCGCAUCAAAGCGUCUCUGUGAUUUCUUUGCCAUUAAAAUUUUAAAAACGCUAAUGGCAAUAAAUACUACCCUCUUUCCAUGAUCUCCGUAAAGUUAAAAGUUGUCGAUGUUUCAGAUUUACUAAUCAUAAAUAUUAUUUCCAAUCUUUAAUUUCGGUUUGUGUUUUUUUUUGAUUUCCUAGUCAAGUAGCCGUUUUGAUUACCUUCUGUCUCUUGUGUGUUCUAGAGUAAGUUAGAUCGAAGCCAGGCAUAGAUAAAUAUUGAAGGAUUUGAAACUUAUCUGUCCCUGGUUUCUACAUGAUAGUUACAUGUGCUUCAAAGUGUGACUUUUCUUCCUAAGUAUAUCUUGCUUUCAUUUCGAAACAACACGAAAGGAAAAAAAGUAACAAUCAUUUGUCAAUUAUAAUUUAUUGUAAACUUAUGCAGUGUUAUGACAAUUAAUCUACGAUGUAUCUACUUAAAACCACUUUGUAUUUCUGAAAAUGAGAAUGUGAUUUUAUAAAAGUGCUGACUUAUUUCUGUAGGGCCUAUGUGUACCUUCCUUUUCAAUUCAAAUGGUACAUCAGUACAAAUGAAUUAUCAUUUGUGAAUUCAUUUAAAUUACAAGUAUAAUCUGUGACAAUAUUUUUGACUAUUUAGUAUUUGGAAUAGCAUGUCAAUACUGAUAUUUUGUGAAUUUUGAUAUUUUUGAAUUCUGCCAGUAUAACAUUAGUUUCCCCUGUUGCUCAAAAUAUUUUGUCAAGACUCUUAUAAUUGAAAAUGUUCACCCUGGCAAGCAGUCAUUACUUAAAGUUGAAGUGUACUAACAUAUGCUAUUUAAUGAAAUCAUAGGAUACUUUAAGGAAUCAGCAUGGAUACUUCCUCAUCUCUUUCAGAUAUACGUUCAAUCUCUGAUGAUAAGUAAUAUUUUCCCUCACCCAAUUUUGAACAUUCGUCAGAAACCAAUACGAAUGCAGAAGGACGCUCUCAGACGUGUUUAUAAAUUUCUUCUCCUUUGCACUAAUG